CUUUUUAACUGUAGCAAUUAACUUUUCCCUCUCCUCCAUUAUUCUAGCAACCGUUCUCCUCCAUUAAUCUCCCUCACCCCCAUUACUUCAGUAACUGUUCUCCAUUAUCUCCCUCUCCUCCAACUGUUUCCUCCCUUUUUCCUUUUAUUUUAUUAUUAUCAUUGUUUUUGUGUCUACUUCGCACCCCUACUCAGAUUUUUUCUGCACUCUCCUCCCAUCUUUUUCUUUGGGUUCAUGAUCGUGAACCCAGAUCUGAGUUUGUGUUGAUGAACCCAACUCGAUCUGGCUUCACAAACCGAGAUCUGGGUCUGUACGUCUUCAUGAACACAAACCCAGAUCUGGGUUUUUGUUCAUGAACAAAUAUCAGCAACUUCACCUUAAUGCAUUUUUUGGGUUUGUGUUCAUGAAUCUUCCCUUCUCUUCUUCCUCAAAACAACCCCUUUCCUCCAUCUUACAUGUUGUUUAGAAUUUGAAAUGAAAAGGGAAACUAAAGAACAUUCAGUUGGAAAUAUGAUUCCAUAACAGCAAGUUAGAUGUGGUUGAGAAAUCCAGAUUUUAUGAAUUAAUUGUGAAUUUUCAUUUUAAUAUUUUUUUAUAGAGGAUGAUUUCCAUCACAUGGUUUAUGAUGCAUUCUGUCCAUCUGAGAAUGAUCGCCAUAGAAAUGAAACAGAGUUUGCAUCUGAAAAUGUUGGAGAUGCGCCAAAUAAUAAUGCACAAUCUUUUUAUGACUUGUUGCGUGCUUCAACCAUCCCGCUUGGACCAGCAUCUAAUAACCAAACAUUGUUUGGUUGGUUAUCAUAUAUGCUGCACACCAAAGCCAAAAACAACAUAAGUGGUGUUGGUUACAAUGAGAUCAUUCAUGGUUAUAGGAAAUUGUUAAGUCCGGAAGAUCAGCAAAAAGUACCAUCAAAUUUUUAUGAAGCAAAGAAAUUCAUGAAAAGCCUAGGUUUAGGCUAUGUCAAAAUUGAUGCAUGUGUCAACAACUGCUUUCUGUAUUAUGGUGAUAAGGCUAAGUCACUUACUGCUUGUCCAGUUUGUGGUGAACCUAGGUAUAAAAGACGCAACUCGGCUCAAACAGGAAAAAAGGAUAGGCCGAGGAAUUCUUUGUGGUAUCUACCCAUUAUUCCACGCCUACAGAGGCUGUACAUGUCUCGUAAAACAGUUGAGCAUAUGACAUGGCACCUUAAAUCUGAUCCGCGAAAUGUCCAGGUUGGUCUUGCAACAGACGGGUUUAACCCAUGGGGUCACUCUUCCAAGUCAUAUUUCUGUUGGCCUGUUUUAAUUGUUGUUUACAAUCUUCCUCCUAAGAUGUGCAUGCGACCUGAAUUUACAUUCCUGACACUUGUUAUUUCUGGGCCAAAGAGUCCAGGAAAAAACAUUGAUGUUUUCCUCCGUCCACUUAUUGAUGACCUUAAACGGUUAUGGUCGUCAAGGGUAGAAACAUUUGAUAGCUUCCGUAAACAGAACUUCACAAUGCGAGUCAUGCUUAUGUGGACCAUAACGGAUUUCCCCAGCUAUGGUAUGGUUUCUGGAUGGAGCACGCAUGGCCGUCUGUCUUGUCCAUAUUGCAUGGAAAUGACUCGUGCUUUUUACUUGCAAAAUGGUCGCAAGAUCUCAUUCUUUGACUGCCAUCGACAGUUUCUUCCUGCAUCACACUCGUACAGAAUGGAUACAACUCAUUUCCUUAAGAGCCGCUUUGAAUUUGGCCCCCCUUCUCCACGAUUAGAUGGUCAUUCUAUUCGACUUCGAGUGCCUGAUGUUUUAUUUGGAAAUCCAUCAGUAAACCAAACAAUUUUCGAGUUCGGUGAAACACACAAUUGGGUGAAACAGAGUAUCUUCUGGGAACUCCCAUACUGGGAGGAUAACUUGAUCAGACACAAUCUUGAUGUCAUGCACUGUGAGAAGAAUUUCUUUGACAACAUCAUACACACAGUCAUGGAUGACUUGUCCUCAAAAGAUAAUGUUAAGUCAAGAAUGGACUUACCAUUGUACUGUGAUAGGGAAGCACUACACUUGUACUAUGAUCGUUCUGGGUCGCUUUGCAAGCCAAAUGCAAGUUAUGCACUUAACACGGAUAAAAAAAGAUGUCGAUGUACGUGGCUCAAACAUGUGCGAUUUCCAGAUGGUUUUGCAUCUAACAUCGCACGUUGUGUGAACUUAACUGAGUUACGCUUAGUUGGAUUGAAGAGUCACGAUUGCCACAUAUUCAUGCAGCGCCUCAUUCCAAUUGCUUUUCGUGGCUUGUUGCUGGAUUCUAUAUGGGGUCUAUUAACAGAACACCUAGCAAUCCAUCUUCCUUUCGAGGCGCGGAUGAGUGGGCUUGUACAAUUUCGAUGGAUGUACCCAUUUGAACGACAAAUGCACAAACUUAAACAAACAAUAGGGAACAAGAAUCAUGUUGAGGCAUUCAUUGUUGAAGCAUACAUUCUCAAUGAAAUAACAGAUUUUUGCUCUCGAUAUUUUGGUGCGGAUGUUGAAACAAGUUGGAGUAAGCCCCCAAGGAACUUUGCAGCAGUUCCACUUUAUAGGAACACAGAAUUCUCGAUAUUUGCAUGCCUUGGUCAUCCAAUGGGUUCACAUUCACAGACACGCUGUCUAACUACUCAAGAGAUGAAGGCGGCUGAACUUUAUGUCCUACUAAACUGUAGAGAAGUUGAUGCGCUUCUUAGCAUCUUUGAUCGAGAAGUUGGUGUAUAUAUGACCCCUUCUGAUCCACAGAAAGCACGCAAUAGAAGUUUUGUUACGUGGUUCAAAGAUAGGGUGUUAAAUGGCCAUCAUGAAGGGAAUGAGGUUUUGCAAUACCUUGCACUGGGCCCAUCAUGGACAGUCAAUGUCUACAGAGGAACAACCAUAUCUGAUAAUGUAGAGACUGAUUAUUAUGGCAUCCUUAACGAAGUCAUUGAACUAUUGUAUUAUGGACCACAUGCACAAAUACAGACAAUUGUCUUAUUCAAUUGUGAUUGGUUCGAUACACGUAAGGGAACACACAUUAACCAAGUUUACGACAUUGUUGAGGUCAACCCACAGUAUCGACUGUCGACUGGCGAGUCAUUUUGCCUUGUGUGUCAAUCAACGCAAGUGUAUUACACUAGUUACCCAUCAGACAAUCGAGCAACUAAUGGAUGGUUCGCCGCAUGCAAAAUACGUGCUAGACAUUUGAUUGACACUUGUUCAACUUCACUUGAUAUAGGAGAAAUAUUCCAAGAUGAGGAGCCACCAUCCACACAAUCAUUAAAGCAUAAUUCCAAUUUGGCAUCCACAGAAUGUGUGGAUUUGCAUGCAGAAGGAGCAACAAUGGUUGACUUAAAUGGAAAUGCGAGUGAAGGAAAUGAUGAAUAUGAAACAAGAAGCGAUGCUGGUGGCGAUAGUAGCGAGACUGAAUAGUCAUUAAAUAAUUGAAAGUCAUGUAAAGUAAUAGUUUUAAAAUUUGGUUGUCAUUAAAAAAAAAAAAAUCUUGUGUACGAGACUUCCUAAUUAACAAAUAUACUUAUGAAUGACUAAUGAUUGUUUCUUCAUUAUUUGUUUCAUUGACAUUAUUUAUGCUGUUGUAAAUGCUUAUAAAAAGAAAAUUUAUAA